AAGCAGGGGAAAUACCAGACGAUAGAGCAGCACCGAUCCACACCCACUGGCGGACAGGCUUACACUUCUAGCAGCGAAGCUAUCAGGGAAGCGUUCAAAUUAAAACACUUACCAGCGAAAGUUGUUCAAACAAUUCUCAGUUCCUUAUCAGCGGCAACAAUUCGGCAGUAUGGAGUAACAUACAAGCUCUGGUGGCCUUUCUGUGAGAAGAAAAGUAUCUCUCCGUAUGAUGGGACUCCAGCUCUCGUAAUGGAUUUUUUACAACACCUGUUUGACAUAGGGAAAAAUUCUUACGGGUCAUUUAAUUCACACCGCUCCGCCUUGGCUCUGAUUUUGUCAACGGACUUAGCGGGCCAUCCCGUUUUGUCUCGGUUUUUGAAAGGGAUAUCUAAGCUUCGGCCUCAAAAACCGAGAUACAAUGUCACCUGGGAUCCGCAAUUAGUUCUAAAUUUUUUAGAACAGAGAGAGUCAUCCACGCUUCAAGCUUUGUCAGAGAAGCUAAUCACCUUAUUAGCUCUCUCCACCGCACACAGGAUGCAAACGUUUUCGCUGAUACGCCUACGUAAUAUUUUAGAAUCAAGUACUGGAUUCCAAAUUUUGAUCGAGGACCAAAUUAAGACUUCAGGCCCAGGAAGAAAGCAACCUUGCUUAAACUUGCCCUUCUUCGUCGAAAACCCCAGACUCUGUGUUGCGACAACUUUGAAGAGGUAUUUAGCGGCCACAAAAGAACAUCGCACAUCGAAUAUGGACGUUUUAUUUAUUACUUUUAAGAAGCCACACAGAACUGCCAGCAGGCAAACUUUAAGUAGAUGGGUGAAAGACACUUUAGAUGCAGCGGGUGUGAACACUCUCAUUUUCAAAGCCCAUUCUACACGCCAUGCCUCAACAUCUAAAGCUUGGCAGUUAGGAGUACCAAUAGAAGUAAUUCAACAAACUGCGGGCUGGACAGAAAAUUCAAAAGUGUUCUGUAAUUUUUACAAUCGACCACUAUCACAAUCAAAUACUUUUGCGACAACCAUUCUUAGUUCUAAGUAGACGUAACAUUUCUUUUAUAUUAAGGGGGAUUAAAUGUGCAUUAUUUCUUUG